AUGAUUCUGGCUAUAGCAGCUGUUUUCUUGGCUACCUGCCACGCCCUGACCUAUCCUGAUGAGUCAAUUGCGCCUCCGCUCAGGAUUCUUCAAGGAGGCUACAACUCAAGCUAUGCCGUGCUGGAAUUCAACCCCUUUGUCACGCCCAACACGCUCAAGGUGCUGAACUAUUUCAACACCUCCGAAGGGAACCUAAAGGCUUGGCUCAACAGGCAUCCUAUAAAUCCCAACCUCGUCAUUGGCUGUAACGACCAUGCUGCGCCCAACGCGCCUGGAUACUUGACAUCGUACUCACUCGACCCCAGCACCGGACAGCUGACCUACAUCGACGCGGUGAACACGGGCGGGUUCCCCGUGCCCGACUAUGGCGUCGCCGCCGCACACUGCGCCUUCUUGCCCUCGGGCCUCGUCGCCGGCGUGGCGAACUACUACGGCCAGUCGGCGGCCACGUUCCGCUUCGACCCCGUGACGGGCCGGUUCGGAGACGAGAUCAACACAGGCGGCAUUCUCGACUUCCCUGGCUACACGCCCCUGCCCGGUCAGAUCGGCGAGGCAGGCAAUGACAAUACGUCCCAGACGACGAGCCACCCGCAUAUGAUCGUGACGCAUCCGUGGCUUAAUGUGUUAUAUCUACCAGAUCUCGGCGAGGAUUUGAUCCACAUCUACAACUUUGAUUCAAACGGGACUUUGACGAACUUGGGCCAGUACCAUGUCCCACUUAGCAGCGGCCCUCGACACCUUGCCAUCAGCCAGGACGGCCAGCAGAUGUAUAUUCUAUUCGAACUUGCUGCCAAGAUCAGAGCCGUGAGUAUCGAUCAGGAGACGGGUCUUCUAACCCAGGUCGGCGAGGACCUCCCAAUCUACGAUCCCACGACUACAACCUUCUCUCUCAACAUCAGCGCCGCCGAGGUGCACGUGAGUGCUGAUGGCCGCUUUGUAUAUGCCUCCAACCGCAACUUGACGUCGGCAGCGUUGAUCCAGCCUGGCGACCCCUCUGAUACCUUGGCUGUCUGGUUGGUCAGCGCGGCGGAUGGCACACUGACCCGGAUCCAGAGCGCGGUAGCCCCCGGGUCCAGACAGCUCCGUAGCUUUGAGCUCAGCCCGGCCGGCACCACGGGAAGUGCUGGCGGCGAGGAUUACGUCGUUGCCGGUGGCUUGAGGACGAACAAUACGUUCGUGUUUCGGCGGGAUCGGGCCUCGGGUUUGCUCGAGCUGGCGGCUUCGUGCGAAGGAACGUAUCAGCCGAGCACAUAUCUCUGGUUGUGA